AUGUCGCUGCUGUCUAAAGUGGUGACUGCUUUUGAGAAGGUAGCACCACUAAGCCUUGCGGAAACAUCUUGGGACAAUGUUGGCACGAUUUUAGAGGCUCCAAUUCCUCGCGUAGCGAAUUCUAUAUUUCUGACAAUUGAUUUCACAAGCUCUGUCGUGGAAGAAGCUCUUGCCAACUCUGCAACGGGAGUCAUUGUCUCUUAUCAUCCACCAAUAUUUCGAUCAGGUAUUUUAUUGGUGUCGCAUUGUGAUGUCUUGGCUGUUAAAUUCACGAAAUCUGUCAAAAAGCUCACUCUGAAUGAUCCAAAGCUGGCAUUGGUACUGAAAUGCGCUGCUCUAGGAGUAUCUAUAUAUAGUCCACAUACAGCUCUGGACAAUGUGCCCAACGGAAUAAACGAUUGGCUUGCAAGAGGAUGUGGACGAGGAAGUGUGAAGGUCAUUACACCUUCUAAAUUGCCACCUCCUGGAUUUGAAGAUGCCGGAAGUGGGAGGAUCGUAACGCUAGAUGAGCCAGUGCCAUUGUCGACCUUGGUAGCUAGAGUGAAGGCGUUUUUGAAACUGAGGCAUUUAAGACUUGCUAAUGCUCAUCAUGGAGACGACUUGGUAUCGAGUAUCGCUAUAUGUGCAGGUGCUGGACAUUCAGUAUUGAGUGGAGUUAAGGCUGAUGUGUUCCUAUCAGGCAUGAUUUUGCAGUACUUUUUUUCUCCCUAA